AUGGCGUGUCGCUCUGAGGAAGUUAUAUAUGUGAAGAAACAAUCUAUAACGUCACAAAUAUUUUCUCUUACCGAGUCGGAAAAAUCAUGUGCCUUCAAUUUGGGUAUGAUUAAUUCCAUCGGGGAUAAACAAAUUAAAUGCCAGAGAGCGUUAGAUUACAUAACAGAAAAGACAAAAAUGGCGUGUCUUUCUGAGGAAGUUAUCUAUGUGAAGAAACAAGCUAUAACGUCACAUAUAUCUUCUCUUGCUGGGUCGGAAAAAUCAUGUGCUUUCAAUUUGGUAAAAGGUGCAUAUACCCAGUUCCUACCACUUAACGAUUCUAUAAGUAAUAGUACGCCUUUUAUCGCUGGAAUCAGCUGUAACCUAAAGAAGAACCGUUUAUUCGACUUCUCUGGAAAUAAUUGGAAAACUACGAAGACAUUCAGAGACGUUCAUUUGGUUACCAAUAGUUUCUAUGGAAACUUUACAUGUGAAGUUUAUGGGACCAUACACCUUUUAUCUUUACUGGAGGUGUCAGGAGCAAGUUUAAAUCUUUACGGGGACGAUGAAAAACUUUACAAUAAUGAUAACAGGAAUGUAUAUGGUACCGACAUCACUUACAGCGGGUUGAAUGCCAAUCACACCAAUCACACUCGAUACAUUUUCAAAAUAUAUACAGAAUGGAAAGGAAGAGUUUGGAUACAUCUUAAAGGACACUUGAUCAUUAACUGCAGUAAGAUAUCAGAACUUCACACAUUGACGACUGUUGAUACAGACAAAAAUCUUACUAAAAUUAAUACAAGUACGAACAUCGUACACUCAAAAGAUUUAAAAUCCCAAACCAGGCUGUUUCUUCUUCUUCUUCUGAUUGGUGUUGUGGUAGCCUUAACUUUGAUGGCCGGAGUCCAUAUAUUACAGAGAAGGUACUUACAGAGUUAUUCUUUAUAA